AUGUCCGCCUCUCCUCCAUCCUCCACUGCACUCCGGACUCCACAGUCCGCGCCCGCCGACCUCCCGCCCACUCGGUCCGGUCGCCAGCGAAAGACAAUCCAAAAGCUCGGAAGCGUGAUGGAUUCGGAGGACAUUAUGGACUUCGUCUCUGAGCAUAGCGACGAUGAUCGGUGGGAGGACGAGGAGGAGGACGAUGAGGACAGCUUCGGUGGUGGAGCGGCGGGGAAGAAGGGCAAGGCUGACGAGAGCGAAGAUGACUGGGAUGCGGGGGACGAUGAGGAUGACGAAGGGGCCAAGAAGAAGAAGAAAUCAAAGAAGUCGAAACCUACCAAGUCUGCCUCUGCACCAUCCCGAUCAUCCAAGCCCAGCAAGGGGAAGGCGACCAAGGCCAGCGGGUCCAAGUCCGCUCCGGCCGCCUCGAGGACCGCCGUGGCGAUCAAGAAGCCCGGCAAGCUCUUGGGCCAGACGCUUCUUACCAAGAAGCUGGGAGUACAGAAGAAGGCGGUGGAGAAGGAGGAUGGCGAUGGGGAGGAUGGGAAUGGAGAGAAGGUGGUGAAGAAGGUGAAGGAGCCUGGGCCGAAGAGCAAGACCGAGGGCAAGUCCACCAACAAGAAGACCUCCGUCCCGGCAAAGCGUCCGGCCUCGCCUGCAGCCUCCGACGCCGAGACAUUGAAGAACGAUGACGACGAGGACGACGCCAUGGCCGGCCUCAUGACGCCACCCGCCUCCCCCUUCCCAAGCAAGAAAGCGAAGACCGCUCCUUUCGCAUCUAAACCCUCCCUCGCUCUUCCGAAGACUGCCGGCAAACCCCUGCUCGGCACCAGUACCAGCGCAAGCGGCAGCAAGUCCAUGAUGGGCGUUCAGCUCAAGCCCGCCGGUAGCGCUGCCGGCAAGCCGAGAGGGGGCGGGAUCUCGCUGGCGAAGAAGGAGUCUUCGGUGCUGAAAGCAGCUAGUACCGUACAGUAG